AUGAAUGCAAUGCUCUCCGGCAUCCCUGGCACAGCUGGGUACCUGGACGACAUCAUCAUCGUGGGUCGCUCCCCUGCCGAGCUGCAAGACCGAGUGUGCGCAGUACUCGGACGCGUGCAGGAAUAUGGCUUUCGCCUACGGGCCGAGAAGUGCCAAUUCUUCAUUGACUCCAUCAAGUACCUCGGAUUCGUUUUUGAUGUCACUGGUCGCCAUCCAGAUCCUGAAAACAUUCGGGCCAUCCAACGGAUGCCUGCACCCAAGAAUGUAUCGCAACUUCGUUCGUUCCUUGGCCUGAUCAGUUACUAUAGCGCCUUCCUACCAUCGCUGCAUGACGUACGGGCCCCGCUCAACCGUCUGUUGCAGAAGGAUGCUCCUUGA